GAACCGUCAAUUAAAUAGAGCCAGUCAGUCAAACACACCAGAUGUAUUCAGAUAAGGUGUAUUACCGUCAAUUUUCUUAAUGCACCGUCAGUCGUUCAACGCCUGUGAAAGGAGUCCCAACAACAAGUCUCUCGAAAAUCUCUUUAAAUACAAUGUUACAUAAUAAAAUAACGAGAUAAUAAUACUUAUUAGAUUAUAGUGAUAAUAAAUUGUUGAAGAAAAAAAUUUCAUUAAACAAUGAAGUUAAAACACACAUUCACCUGUUUUAACAACAACAAUAACAAUAAUCAUGUGAUAACUGAAAUUCUGGAUAGGCCAAAACAACAGAAGGAUCCACCAAAACCAGGAAGUCGUUUACUACAAUUUCUUACUGCAAUUAAUGUGAGUUUAAUCUUCAUGGGAUGUGGAGUCGCCGAUUCAUGGACAUCGCCAGCACUACCAUAUCUAACAAGUCCCGAAUCAAAAAUUCCAGUGUUACAACAUCAAGGUUCCUGGGUUGCAUCACUUUUUAAUGUUGGUGCAAUAUUCGGUUACAUUGUUUAUCCUCUAUUCAUUGAUCGUGUUGGUCGCAAGUAUUCACUUCUCAUUCUAUUCAUACCGCAAUUAUUGUCAUUUAUAUUAAUUUAUGUUGCAAAAAGUGUAGAGCUACUUUAUAUUUCAAGAUUAAUUGGCGGUCUUGGUUAUUGUGCCGGUGAAAUUGUCGGCUAUAUAUACAUUGCCGAAAUAGCCGAGAAAAAAAUUCGUGGUUCAUUAAUUAUUCUUGAGGCAAUAUCCUAUAAUGUCGGCAGUCUCAUUGUCGUGACAAUUGGCGCAUUCUUUUCAUAUAACAAAAUGAAUUUAAUUUCCAUUUCGUUGCCUUUGUUGUUUAUAUUAAUUUUCCCCUUUCUGCCGGAAUCGCCAUAUUUCCGAUUGAAACAAAAUCGCAAGGAGGAGGCGACGAAAAUUUUAUCAAAACUACGUGGACUGAAGGAUCCAACUGCCCUGGAGCCGGAAAUUAAUCGUAUCAAGGAGGCGAUUAUUGAAGGUGAAAUAAGUAAGAAAUAUGCGAUGCGUAAAUUAUUUGAAAAUAAACGUCAUCGUAAAGCUCUCUUUAUUGUUGCACUUGUCAAAGCGAGUACAGCGUUCUCGGGUUAUUUAGCCGUCUCGUCGUAUAGUCAAAUAAUUUUAGGUUUCAGUGGUUUCUCAUUGGAUCCGAAAUUUGGAACAAUUGUUUUAACAUUGAUACCAAUAUUAUUUAUAAUACCAACAACGCCAUUAGUGGAUUAUCUUGGACGAAGGUGGCUGACCUUAUUAUCGGCUUUAAUUUGCGCUGUCAGUUUAUUCUUUGUGGGACUAUUCUUUUUCUUCAAGUUUUAUUUAAAUUUCGCUGAUCUUACGGUAAUCUCUUGGGUGCCAUUGGUGGCGUUGGUUAUUUAUAAAAUUUCACUAAUGGGUGGAAUUUAUUCUACGUCAAAUGUUUUGGCAUCGGAACUGUUUCCAGUUGAAGUGAAAAGUUCGGCAUUUGCAUUUAUAAGUGUUUCACGUGAAAUUCUAUUGUUUUUAGUUAAUUUAGGCUUCGAUUGGUCAAUUCACAGUUUUGGUAUUUAUAGUGUUUUUUGGAUGUAUGCCGUGUCAUGCUUGGCACUGUCACUAUUUGCUUUCAUUAUAAUGCCGGAAACAAAAGGAAAAAAUUUAGAAGAAAUUCAAGUAUUAUUAGACUGACCUUUCAUUUUAUUUCUCUCUUAAUAAUUGUAAUUAGAAGAAAAUGUUUAAUCAUAAAUUUUUUUUAAUAAUAGGCUACUAUUUAGAAUAUUGUGUGAUAAUAAAAACGAACAUGACUUUUA